AUGAAACAAACCAUCUUCUUUUUCAUAUUACUAUCAUUUAUUUUGCUGCUGCUGUCAAUCUCUUCAACUGAUGCCUGCAACUGCAAUGGACGAGGACUUUGUAAUAUUCUUGCUAAUACUUGCGUUUGUAAAGAUAUUAAUGCAGUGAAUUCUCUAUCUGGAGGUCAGACGCUAGCUGCUGGAUCAGCACUCGUCUCAUCGAAUGGUUUAUUCAGAGCAGAGAUGCGAACAGAUGGCACUUUCAUUGUAAUUGGAGGUGAUGGACAGAAUUAUACGAGAACUGGAACAGCUGGUUCUGGAUUGUUAUUUACCACAAAUGGAGUAUUACAGAUUGGACUCUCUAUUAUAUCGACAGUGUUGAGUUUAUUGAAUUCUUCACCCAUGUUAGUAUUGAGAAAUGAUGGAGAAUUGGCCAUUUAUUCACAACCAUUGCUUGGAUCAGUUACUUUGGAAUGGGGAAGUGGAACUGGAGCUGCUAUUGCUCCAACAAGUGAUGAUUAUUUAUAUGGAGGAUCAAAUUGUGAAAUUGCAAAAUGUGGAGGUUUAUUACCAAGUGCUCCACUUGUUUGUUCCAGUAAGGGAACAUGUAAUGGUUUGGGAGAGUGCAUUUGUAGUGAUGGAUAUUUUGGAGGAUUGUGUAAUGUAUUGUCGUGUGCUGGGAUUUCUCAAUUGAAUGGUUCGGUUUGUUCUGGAAAGGGAACUUGUGAUGGUAUGAAUUUGUGUAAUUGUCAAAAUGGAUUUUUGGGAUCGACAUGUGAAGCUUUUAAAUGUUUCGACAAGUUUAUGAAUGAUACUAAUGUCUGUAAUUUGGGAUCUUGUUUGGGUCCUGAUUUGUGUCAGUGUCCUUUAGGAUAUUUUGGUUUGAAUUGCUCAAUUCCUAAAUGUUUCGGCUUACUGGGAAAUGAAACUAAUGUUUGUGGAGCAAAGGGUUCUUGCAUUGCUCCAGAUAAGUGCUUGUGCCAAUCUGAUAUUCUUGGAGAUGUUUGUAAUGUUUUCAAAUGUUUCAACAAACUUUCGAAUGAAACUAAUGUCUGUGGAGGAAAUGGGUCAUGCAUUGGAUUAGACAAAUGUUUGUGCAAAGAUGGAUUUUUUGGUGAGCUAUGUGAUAAGGUGAAAUGUUUCGGCAAGCUUUCGAAUGAAACUGGAGUGUGUGGUUUGGGUCAAUGUAUUGGAACUGAUUUGUGUCAGUGUCCUUUAGGAUACUUUGGUUUGAAUUGUUCAAUUCCUAAAUGUUUCGGCUUACUGGGAAAUGACACUAAUGUUUGUGGAGGAAACGGUUCGUGUAUUUCUCCUGAUCAGUGUUUAUGUAAAAGUGGCUUAUUUGGAGAUUUAUGUGAUAAGGUGAAGUGUUUCGGCAAGCUUUCGAAUGAAUCAGGUGUCUGUGGUUUCGGUCAAUGUAUUGGAACUGACCUAUGUCAAUGCUUACCUGGAUACAGCGGAGAGAAAUGUAAUUUAUUCAAAUGUUUCAACAAAUUCAUGAACGAUACCAAUGUCUGCAACUUGGGAACUUGUUUGGGUCCUGAUGUGUGUCAAUGUCCAUUGAAUAAGUUUGGUCUUGAUUGUUCCCUUUCGAAUUGUUUCGGCAUUCUCUCAAACGAAACCAAUGUUUGUGGAGGAAAGGGCAUUUGUACAGGACUAGAUCAAUGUCUAUGUCAACCAGAUGCCUUAGGUCCAGUUUGUAAUGUUUUCAAGUGUUUCGGCCAUUUAUCCAACGAAACUAAUGUAUGUGGUUUCGGCCAAUGUGUAGGAGCUGAUAUCUGUAGCUGUUUACCAGGUUAUGGUGGUGAAAGAUGUGACAUUCUCAAAUGUGGCAAUUUCCUAGCAAACGAAACUGGUGUCUGUAAUGGAUUAGGUUUAUGUACUCAACCUGGAAAGUGUCUCUGUAAUCAAGUUGGUGUUUUGGGAGAUUUAUGUAAUGUAUUCGAUUGUUUUGGAAAGUUAUCGAAUCAAUCAGGAGUUUGUGGUUUAGGUUCAUGUAUUUUACCAAAUAUUUGUAAUUGUCCACUUGAUGUAUUUGGUUUCGAAUGCAAUGACUUUAAAUGUGGUUUAUUAUGGAAAAACGAAAGUUCUGUAUGUAAUUCGAAAGGUUCAUGUAUUGGCCCUAAUUUGUGUCAAUGUUUGAAUGGAUAUGGUGGUCAAUUCUGCCAAGAUUUUUCAUGUUUUGGAAAAGUAGCUGGUGCUUGUUCCAAUCAAGGUCAAUGUAUUGGACCUAAUCAAUGUCUUUGUAAUGACAAUUACUUUGGAAGUUUUUGUAACAUUACAACAUGUUUUACAAAAUGGUCAAAUUCAAGUAAUCCUGCAGAGGUUUGUUCUGGAAGAGGACAAUGUGUUGGUCUUGAUUUAUGUCAAUGUAUUGAUGGGUUUGAUGGACAAAAUUGUCAGGUUGAUUUGAGAAUGUUUGGAGUUCAAUUGAAUUCUUCACAAAAUGUGAAUGUCAUGUGGAAUGACAAGUCAGAUGUCAAUUUGGUAUUUUCCACACUUCCUGAACUGAUUAUUGAGCCACCUGUGUCAAAUCCUCGAUUGAGAUUUGAAGUAACUUGUUUGACUAAUUGUGUGGGUAAAGAUUCCUUCCUAGUUUCAUCCAGUGUCAUUAACCAAUUGACUGGUCAAUUCAACGUCCAGCUCAAUACUUCCUUCUUGUUAGAUUUGGGACUUCCAAACUUCCAAUUCAAAGUUAAAGCAUAUUAUGCUAACAAUGCUCCAUACGCCGAAAGAUUUUCCAAUUAUCUCUACUUUAACAUCAAUGUUUCAGGAGGUUUACAAAAGAUGAGAUCUUUGGGAAUUCCACAAUAUUUCAUCAAGUCAAGUUUCCAAUCAACUGAGAUAAUUAACAUUGAUUCGACGAUAUUCGGCAUGUAUUUGGAUAGAAUUACUUAUUACAACUUGGUCAAAAGUGUUUGCUCUUGGGGUUCUUGUUUAACUCCUAGUCAACCGUUGAAGUUUAGUUUCAUAGUUGAUGAGGAAAAGACAAAUUCAACAUUUUCCAAUAUUUUAAAUCAAUCUGGUGAUUUAAUCAUCAAUUCUCUUUCUCCAAUAAUUAAUAAUGAUGGAUUCACUCUUGUUGAAAUUACUUUCCAUAAGAGAAAUAUUGAACUUUCCAGAGAUUUGACUCUUUAUCAGGAAACUAAACAAUUUAAUCUUGGAUUGAAUAUUUCCAAUACAGAUGGAAUGAAUCUAGAUAGUUGGUUCAUAUCCAUUCCAGUUUAUUCCUUUUCAAUUCCGACAAGUCCGUUAUUCCAAGUUUCUCCAUCAAGUGGUUUGGCAUUGGAUGUAGAAUUUGAUAUUCAAAUUAAACCUUGGUCAGUACCAUCAGGAUCUGGUAUUCAAUUGCAAUAUGCUAUUGGAUUUAGAGAUGGAUUGACAAGUGUCAGAUUGUCAGAGUUCAGUACAAAUACUUCACUUGACACUUACUUGCCAUUCAUUAGGCAAACUGAAUCCAAGCAAUCAACAUUAGCUAUGGUUCUGUUUGUUAAAGAUUCUAUUGGAAAUGUCAGAACAUUUACCGAAAUUUCACAACAAGUUUCCAUUACUGCCUUUAAUGGAAAUAUUGAACAAUUAUUGGAAAAACUGAAUACCAUUGAUGUUGCUUCCUAUGAUGAAUCUUUCUCCUUCUUUAGUUCCAUUUCAGAUAAGAGAGAAUUUAUUAAGGGAGUUUUGAAUAACGGACUUGAAAUUGAUACAACGUAUCCUUCGUCUAGUUUAGUCAGAUUGAGAAAACUUUCUCAAAAUCAAACUCUAUUGGAUGAAGGAAUAGUUUCAUCUGUUUCCAAGAAAGUUGAAUCGUUUGUUAAUUCAACAAGUUUGAGUUAUUUGAAUGAAAAGAAAUUAUUGGGAAGAGUUCUAAACAAAUUGUCAAGUGACAAUUUGAAUUCAACCUUGACAGUUACAUCAAAUAUUUUGUCAAGCAAGUUGAAUUAUAAGAAAUCAAUUCAAGUUACAGAAGAAUUAUCAAGUAUGGUACUUUUGGGUGAGGAAGCUAUUUCAGUUUCGAAUAAUGCAUCUUUACCAAUUGUGGAAUAUUCUCUUCCAUCAUUUACAAUUUCAGUUUCAAGCUUUAGAUUGGAAUCAAAAUCCAAUUCAACAACUUCCUUCUCAUUCCAAAAUAGUAUUUCACUCAAUUUGAAUGAUAUUUUAACCUCUUACAAUGGAUUUACAAAAGAUUCAGGUGUUUCUCUACUUGUUUACAAUGAUAAUCCAGUUUCUGAGGAAAAUUCCACUCAAAGUUCUCACAUUAAGAACUUUAAAUUCUUUAUCGAUAACUCUUUAACCAUUUUACAAAAUUUGAAAGAACCAAUCGUCUUGUCUUUCCCAAUUUUGGUAACCAACACUACAGGUUUCAACUUUUCAUGCAAAUAUCUGGAUGAAGUUGCCAAUUUAUGGAAAUCUGAUGGUUGCUCUUUGAUUGGAUCUGAUUCAUCCAAUGCCUAUUGUGCAUGUACUCACACAACCAUGUUUUCUACAUUUUUGGAAAGAACCACAACCACAACAAUUACACCAGGAAAACCACUCGAUAGUAAUACUGCUCUCCUGUUAGCUCAAAUUGCCUUUGGUGUUGUAUUUUCCAUAAUUUCACUUGUUGGUCUUGUUUUCAUUUCGAUUAAUAGAAACAAGCAACCAAUUAAGAGUAGAUUUGUAACUCCAUAUUUGGGAUUGAGUGCCUUGUUGAUUGAAUGUGUUUUGGCGUUUAUUGUGCAGAGAAGUGUCUUGGUUGCUAACUUGUACGAAACUGAUUCGAAUGCCAAGAAGAAUAAUGAUUAUGCAGCAAACAUUUUGGCUAAUAUUGUUACAAUUAUUGUAAACACGAUCAACCUGACAGCAAUUUUGAGCUAUUUGAUCCAAGUAAGCAGAUUCCAAAUAUUGAAAUACCUCUACCAUAUUAUGAGAUCUCGUUCUGAUCAGGAAAUGGCAAAACAAAUCAAGCAUGUGAGAAGAAUUUCAUCCAACAAAUUAUUUGCAACAAUUCUCUCAAUCUUUGCCGUAUUGAAUGUUAUUUAUUGGACAGUGCUAGUUAUUUUGUUAAGAACUGGAGUGUUGACUGCUGAAAUUUACACCUACAUUGUCUCAAUUUCCUAUUCUGCAAUUAUCAUUCUUUUAGGAAUUUGCAUUAGUUCAGUAAUUUUAUUUGAUGGAAUUUCCUACAUGUCCAUUGAAAAGAAGAGAAGAAAUUUGAUCGAUGCAGCAAUGAGUAGAAUUAUGGGAAAUUUGGGUUCAGAAAAUGGUCAAAAAACCACCAGAGAAUUCUUCCUUGUUAGACUAAAGAAUUGGUUCACUAGUUUGGAUGGUCCACUCUACUUUAGAGCUGAAAUGAUUUGUUUCUUGAUUAGUUUCUUCUUCCUUUUGGCUAAUCAAAUUAUUGGAUUGUCAACACUUUCACUCAGAAAUCUUUCGAAUAGUUCACAGACAGCUAUUACCAAUAUUUCCAUUGAUACUUCUUUAAUUGUCACAGAUUCCUUAAUAUUUGCCUUUGAAAUUUUAUAUGCCAUUUGGUAUGUGUUAGUGUUUGGAGGUUUGGCUUCCUUUAUUUUCACCAAGAUGAAUAUUCGUGCUCUAUUGGAAGGCAAACUAAACUCCAAGAAGAAACAAAAUCAAGGAAAUCAGGUUGCUCUUGAGGAGUCUUCAGAAUUGGGAGAAGAUAUGAAACGUGUCUUUGACGACCAAGAUGGAUACAACUUGUUUGAAGUGUAUUGUAUUAAGGAAAUGGCCUCGGAGAAUUUAUAUCUCUUCAAGGAAUUACAAUCUUCAGUCAGCUUAACCAGAUCAGCAACCAUUUCAGUACCAGACUUGUAUGAUCUCUUAACCAAUGUCAGGAAAGUUUAUAUUGCUUCUGGAGCCACUUGCGAAGUUAAUAUUUCUGCAAAAUGUAGAAAGGAAUUUGAAGCAUUCUAUUUUAGAGUUGAAAGAAUGAAGAAAUCAGAAAUUCAUGAAAUUUUCAACUCAAAUUCUUCAACUCCUCCAAAAUCUGCAAACAAUAAGAAGUAUGUUCUCACAUCAUGGAUCCACAAAUCUCCAAGAGAAACUCAUCAUUCCAUAAGUUCAGAAACUGCUCUUGUUAAUGGUCCUCCAUCACCAAAGAGUACUGACUCAAUUGAUACACUCAAGGAAGGUGAGAUGUUGACAAGUAGACAAGUGACUGAAGGUAUUGAAACAUUGAAACAGGAGGUGAUUAUUAAUCUUGGAGAUACCUUCUCUCGUUUCAUUUUCACAAAGGAGUAUAAGUUGCUUCAACAAACUUCCUUACAAAAAACUCAAUUAUUAGAAACAACAAACUUGGUUUAAAUACCAAAUAUACGAAUAAUAAAUAAUUACAAUAUUUAC